UACCUUUCUGCUCCACUUCCAAAGCCAGGACGUGAACACACACACACACACAGACCGAAACCCAGGACGAACCCAGCUCCCUGCUCCAGCAUGGCGACACCUCUCACCGACCAGGAGAAGCGCAAGCAGAUCAGCAUCAGGGGGAUCGUGGGAGUGGAGAACGUCGCGGAGCUGAAGAAGGGCUUCAACCGUCACCUGCACUUCACCCUGGUGAAGGACAGGAACAUUGCGACGCCCAGGGACUACUACUUCGCCCUGGCCCACACCGUGAGGGACCACCUGGUGGGGAGGUGGAUCAGAACGCAGCAGUUCUACCAUGAAGCAGACCCGAAGAGGGUGUACUACCUGUCUCUGGAGUUCUACAUGGGCAGGACGCUCCAGAACACCAUGAUCAACCUGGGGCUGCAGAACGCCUGCGACGAAGCCAUCUAUCAGCUCGGCCUGGACAUGGAGGAGCUGGAGGAGAUGGAGGAGGACGCGGGGCUGGGCAACGGAGGCCUGGGCAGACUGGCAGCAUGUUUCCUGGACUCGAUGGCCACGUUGGGCCUCGCAGCGUACGGCUAUGGCAUCCGAUACGAGUAUGGGAUCUUUAACCAGAAGAUAAGAGAUGGCUGGCAGGUGGAGGAGGCGGACGACUGGCUGAGGCACGGGAACCCCUGGGAGAAAGCUCGCCCUGAGUACAUGCUGCCGGUUCACUUCUACGGACGGGUGGAGGAGACGAAAGACGGCUCCAAAUGGGUCGACACUCAGGUGGUUCUGGCAAUGCCCUACGACACCCCCAUCCCCGGCUACAUGAACAACACCGUGAACACCAUGAGGCUGUGGUCCGCCCGUGCCCCCAACGACUUUAACCUCAGAGACUUUAACGUCGGAGAUUACAUCCAGGCCGUUCUGGACAGGAACCUGGCGGAGAACAUCUCCCGCGUGCUCUACCCGAAUGACAACUUCUUCGAAGGGAAAGAGCUUCGUCUGAAGCAGGAGUAUUUCGUCGUGGCGGCCACACUCCAAGACAUCAUCCGCCGCUUCAAGACUACGAAGAAGGGCAGCCCAGCUCGCACCUCCUUCGAGGCCUUCCCCGACAAGGUCGCCAUUCAGCUGAACGACACCCACCCCGCCAUGGCCAUCCCCGAGCUGAUGAGGAUCUUUGUGGACAUUGAGAAACUCGACUGGGACACGGCCUGGGACCUCACCAGGAGGACCUUUGCCUACACAAAUCACACGGUCCUCCCAGAGGCUCUGGAGCGCUGGCCUGUGGAGCUCCUGGAGAAUCUCCUGCCCAGACACCUGCAGAUCAUAUACCAGAUCAACCAGGCCCACCUCGAUAGGAUCGCGGCCCUCUUUCCAAAGGACAUGGAAAAGCUGAGGAAGAUGUCUCUGAUCGAAGAGGACGGAUGCAAGAGGGUGAACAUGGCGCAUCUGUGCAUCGUGGGAUCUCACGCUGUCAACGGAGUUGCAGAGAUACACUCCAAAAUCAUCAAGACUGAAGUAUUUCGUAAUUUCAGCGACAUAGAACCAGAGAAGUUUCAGAACAAAACCAAUGGCAUCACUCCCAGACGCUGGCUGCUCCUCUGCAACCCCGGACUGGCUGAGCUCAUCGCCGAGGUCAUCGGGGAGUAUUACGUGAAGGACCUCAGCCAGCUGGAGAAGCUGAAGGACUUUGUUGACGACGCCGCCUUCAUCCGGGACGUCUCUAAAGUCAAACAGGACAACAAGGUGAAAUUCGCCCACUACCUGGAGAAAGAGUACAGGGUGAAAAUCAACCCGGCCUCCAUGUUUGACGUUCACGUGAAGAGAAUCCACGAGUACAAGCGUCAGCUCCUCAACUGUCUGCACAUCAUCGCCAUGUACAACCGCAUCAGAAAGGACCCUAAGGCACCUUUUGUACCGCGAACAGUGAUCAUCGGUGGAAAGGCUGCGCCAGGCUACCACAUGGCAAAGAUGAUCAUCAAGCUCAUCACCUCAGUGGCUGACGUGGUGAAUAACGACCCUGUGGUGGGAGACAAGCUGAAGGUCAUUUACCUGGAGAACUACAGAGUGUCUCUAGCAGAGAAAGUGAUACCUGCCACAGAUUUGUCAGAGCAGAUCUCCACAGCUGGUACAGAGGCUUCAGGAACAGGCAACAUGAAGUUCAUGCUGAACGGAGCCCUCACCAUCGGCACCAUGGACGGAGCCAACGUGGAGAUGGCCGAGGAGGCCGGAGAGGAGAACCUCUUUAUCUUCGGCAUGAGGGUGGAGGACGUAGCUGAGAUGGACAAAAAAGGAUACGACGCCAUGUCAUACUACACAAAGCUCCCCGAGCUGAAACAAGUCAUGGAUCAGAUCACGAGCGGAUUCUUCAGCCCCAAGAAUCCAGACAUGUUCAAAGACGUCACCAACAUGCUCUUCAAACACGACCGUUUCAAAGUGUUUGCAGACUUUGAAGAGUACAUGAAGUCCCAAGAGAAAGUCAGCAAGCUCUAUCAGAACCCAAAGGAGUGGACGAAGAUGGUGAUCAAGAACAUCGCGGCGACAGGGAAGUUCUCCAGCGACAGAACCAUCGCAGAGUACGCCACCGAAGUGUGGGGCGUCGAGCCGACCGACCUGAAGAUCCCGCCACCCAACGAGCCCAGGGAGGCCAUCGAGGAGACGGCCAGAGCGCUGAAGAAAAUGUGAGGCCGACCAACCGGCUUCCAUUUUAUGUUUACAACAUAUUUUUAUUUUCUUUCCCCCUUUCAAGUUCUGAGCAAUUUAAAGUUCAGGAUGAAUUUAGAAAAUGCACAUCUGCACCUGUUUGUAUUUUGCCACCUGAGUCAAAGCACUG